AUGGAAAAAUUUAAAAUAACACCAUUUAAAGAAAUUGUACCGAAUCAGUCAAAUUUAUUUCCAACACCUCUAAGAUGUUUGAUUAUUGGCAAAUCAGGUUCAGGUAAAACAACAAUUUUAUGGAAUGUUAUAACCAAGUAUUGGAUUUAUUAUGAAAGUUUAUUAAUUUUUACAAAAUCAAUUGAUCAACCAAUUUAUCAAGAAUUGCAACAGAUAUUUGUUGGAAUAGAUAAAAUUGAAUCGCAUUUCUACGAUAACUGUGAUGAUAUAAUUAAUGUAGAUGAAUGUAAACCAAAUAGUCUAGUUAUUUUUGACGACUGUAUUUUAGAAAAACAACAAACAAUUAAGGAUUAUUUUGUUAGAUCUAGACCAAAAAAUAUUUCUUGUAUUUAUUUAACUCAGUGUUAUAGUAUAGUCGAUUUACAAGUAAUUAGAACAAAUUCUAAUUUUCUAAUUAUUUUCAAACAGUCUCAACAUUACAUCAGAAAGAUUUGGGAAGAUUUUAUAACAGAAAUGACACUUAAAGACUUUUAUACAUUUUGUAAACAAGGCUGGGAACAUGACUACGGUUUCGUUUGUAUCGAUUUGAAAAACAAUAAAUUUUACGACAAGUUUGAAAACGUUUCAUAAUGAAAUCAACACGUUACGUUCUACGUUACGUUAUGUUACGUUGUCACGUUACGUUAUGUCGCGUUCUACGUUACGUUACGUUGUCACGUUCUACGUUAUGUCGCGUUACGUUAUGUCACGUUCUACGUUACGUUACGUACGUUAUAGUCUAUAUCAUGUUGUCUUAUUAAAUUUUCUAUUACUUAAAUAUAUAUAUAUAUUUUUUAUAAUAAAUGGAAACAGAAAAUAUUCAGAG